GGCGCGGGGCGCGGCGUGGGGCUGCGGUCCGGGCGGUAGUCGGCGCGCUCCCGGCGGCAGGAACGUAGCGGCCCGGCGCGCGCUGUCCCGGGAACGCUUUCCGCGGGCACCAACAUGGCUGCGGCCCUCCGUGCUGCGGCCGUCCUCCGCGCCCGGCUGGUGCAGGGCGGCUCCUGGGCUCAGCAGCUGCGGAGAUGCCAGUCAGGUGCAGCGCCCGCCACCAGGGCAGAACCGUGUGCCCGAAGCCCCCAGCCUCAGGCCCACCCGGGGAAGAGGAAGCCCAAGACUGGAAUAUUGAUGCUGAACAUGGGCGGGCCGGAGACCCUCGCUGAUGUGCACGACUUCCUGCUCCGGCUCUUCUUGGACCGAGACCUCAUGACCCUUCCUUUCCAAAGCAAGCUGGCCCCGCUCAUCGCCAAGCGCCGGACCCCCAAGAUUCAGGAGCAGUACAGCAAGAUCGGAGGCGGCUCCCCCAUCAAGAGGUGGACGUCCACGCAGGGCGAGGGCAUGGUGAAGCUGCUGGACGAGCUGUCCCCCGACACAGCCCCGCACAAGUACUACAUCGGUUUCCGGUAUGUCCACCCGCUCACGGAGGAGGCCAUCGAGGAGAUGGAGAGGGACGGGCUGGAGCGGGCCAUCGCCUUCACCCAGUACCCGCAGUACAGCUGCUCCACCACGGGCAGCAGCCUGAACGCCAUUUUCAGGUACUACAGGGAGACGGGACGGCAGCCCGGGAUGAAGUGGAGCACCAUCGACAGGUGGCCCACGCACCCCCUCCUCAUCCAGUGCUUUGCGGAAAGCAUUCAGAAGGAACUGGAGCAGUUCCCGCCCGAGAAGCGAAGCGACGUGGUCAUCCUCUUCUCCGCUCACUCGCUGCCCCUGUCGGUGGUCAACAGAGGGGACCCUUACCCACAGGAGGUGGGGGCCACUGUCCAGAGGGUCAUGGACAAGCUGGGCUUCUCCAACCCCUACCGGCUGGUGUGGCAGUCCAAGGUGGGGCCGAUGCCCUGGCUGGGCCCUCAGACGGAGGAGACCAUCCGGGGGCUGUGCAAGAGGGGCCGGAAGAACAUCCUGCUGGUCCCCAUUGCCUUCACGAGCGAUCACAUCGAGACCCUGUAUGAGCUGGACAUCGAGUGCUCGAAGGUGCUGGCCCAGGAGUGUGGCGCCGAGAGCAUCCGCAGAGCCGAGUCCCUUAAUGGAAAUCCAUUGUUCUCCAAGGCCCUGGCCGACCUGGUGCACGCGCACAUCCGGUCCAACGAGCGCUGCUCCACGCAGCUGACGCUCAGCUGCCCGCUCUGCGUGAACCCUGUCUGCAGGGAGACCAAGUCCUUCUUCGCCAGCCAGCCGCUGUGACCGCUCCCCCGACCCCCCACCCCGGGUUCAGCGGGGUGCUGGGGCUCAGCGGACGCCUCCAGAGACAGGGGAUGGUGCCUUGGAAUCCAGGCAGGCGGCGGCCUCGGCCUGGGCGUGUUUCCUGAGUAGACAUUUGACCUUCGAGUCCGUUUUAUAUGCCCGGGCCAUGGCCAUUUCGAUUUCUUCUCUCUCGGUAAAGCUACUCGUUUGGAAUGUCCACUACGCUAUUUAAAAAAAAAAAAAAAAAGACAUUUAAAAAAUUUUAUCUCCUCAGCUGUGCGCAUAAUUUUAAAUUGAGCUUUCUGGCUUUACCGCUGAAAAUGCUGUCUGCCGGGGUCCUGGGCGACCCCCUCGGUGGGGAGGUGGGAAACGAGAUGUCACCUGAAUUGGAAGAUGUUCCCUCAGCCUUUCAGGUCACCGGGGGCCAGGCCCCAUGGGGGGCCCGGGGUCACUUUGGCCCAUAAGGGCCCCCCCCCUCACGUGUGAACCUUCCCUCCUCUCCUCGCCUCCAGCUGGAAUCGAGUGCGGGCUGGAGGUGCUUCUCAGACAGGGGCUGGGCGUGGGCGCCACGCCCUCCUCAGGGGCACCCCAGCUCCCGGUUGCAGGGGUCCCCACAUGGGAGAGGCGAGCACACGUCUCACCUUCAAGGCUGCCCCUCCUGGGGUCCCUGGGGUGACGCCCGCUUGCUGUGUCUCGGUGCGAAGGUUCUCCUGUGAGUCGGCCCAGCUCUGUGCCCCGAGUCCUUUUCUUGGCGGGCCCUUAGGUGGUCUUGCUGCCAGCCGCUUGGGAGCCAGGGUGAGGCAGCCGGCAGCCGUGGUGCCGUCUUUCACGCCUACCUUCCUAGUGGAUUCUUUUUUUUAAUGCCAUUGUCACCUUGAAUUGGUGAAUGAAACAUUGUUCUCCAGAUGGAGAAACCGCGGGAGAUCAGAAGCUGGUCUUUCCUGACCUGGAUGGAAAUGGAUUAAAGCAGAAUCUCUGAUGGACCCGCCA